AGCUAAUUCAAUGAUCGCUUCCAUCAAGAGUUUAUGCCGCUAUCAUGACAUGAUAGCUCAUUUGGCCCUCGCAGAUUCAACUUAAAUACUCGCAGAACAAUAGCAAUAUGAGUACCUCAUUGCCGGCACCCCCUAAACACAAACCGAUUCAGUGUGGGGGUGAAUGCUACUGUGCUAUUUGUGGCGUUCCGUUUGGGGGCUAUAUUUACCAAAAUAAUAACCAAGUUAGAGGUCGACAACCGUGUCCGACUCUCAAGGGAGCCAAAAUUGGCUAUAAUCCGAGAAAUUUGGGUGGAUGGGAUAAAACUGCUUGGGUCAGAGGGAUAUACUUUGUAGGCUAUCUUCCCGACGAAGACGAAACAAUUAUGUCCGGAAAGGCAAGACUCGUGGCCGAAGGGGUGAUCGAACUGUACCCCGAUGAUAAACGAAACGAAACCAUACCUUCAGAGUACGAUUAUGAGUGCUACAGGCUCAGCGAGGAUAAAAUAACCGUACACCCGUUUCACUGGCCAUGCCUCGAAAUAUUGGCACGAAUUCUGAAUCCAAAAGCUGUCGAUCCGGUUCUCCAUAUAGACGCAAGCGAGCUUGACUCAAGUUUCUCCUCUUUGUCAAAUAGUUAUACCGGGUUGGAACUCCUCACCGGCGCAAAUAAACGGCACGGAAAGCCUUAGAAAAGCUUAGAAAGUGAAGAGUAUUUCGUCGCGAAUCCGUCGCGUUCAGCUGAGCUAACGUUCCUGGUGGGAUCCAUUAUGGCGGGCGUGUAUUUCAAAAGACCAAGUUGGAUUGUAGACUUCAGCUCCAAAGUAAGACAUGACCCUUUUGGGAAGCUGCCAUUUACCGCUAUUUGCAAAAUCCUCCAUCAACUCCCCGCCGAAUGCUUGCUUGAUGUACUCAAGGCUUCUUGGACACUUCAUUCCCUGGUUCACGGUAGACAUUCGUUUUGGAAGAAUGCUCUCGAAAAGAACAUGCCCUGGUUUCCCGAAGUGCCAGAACUUAUGCGCAUAGGCGCGUUGCGGCGAGAAGAACACUACAAGGGAAUAUACCUCUGGGCGGAAAGGAACAUUUGGCCACGAAAAGGUGUUCCAAAGAUUCUGAUGAAUAUCGCAAACCGCCGACGGAUUUGGACCGUAAGCGAAGUAAUCGCCGAUAUUUACUUGGGACGUUUUGGGCAAAGAAUAAUUUCUUGGGGUGACGAGGAAGAGGAGGAAGAAGAAGAGCUGUAAUAACGGAUUGUUGCAUUAUUCGUUCUAGAAAAUAGAAAUGCAUUAAUACAGCC